GGUAAGAUUAUACGAUUGUUUCUACUCGAAGAUAUUGUUUUCAAAUCUGAUUUAAUUACCAUCAACAUAUCAUCUCACUUUAUAUAAACACUAAAAAUGCCCUUGUUCAAAUAUGAAAAACAGCAAAACCCUACCAAGCAUACCAUUAAGACACUUUUAGGGACAUACUCUGUCGGAUGGACUAACGGUGAUGAUGAAACAGAAGAGAACAUAGUCGAUGUUGAAGGUCAGAAUAAAGAACUGAAAGACGAGAAAAAUAUUAAUCAAUCGUCAAGCGAAGGUGAAACGUCAAAAGUCAAAAAAGAAAAAGAAAAAGAACCAUUCUUGAAAGUUGACGUUAAGCUCGGAGGAGCGAACAAGGUUACAGAGCAUCCUACUAAAUCGAAUCAGACGUCAGAGAUGAUCGAAAAGAAAGAAGGGGAAAAAGCGAUCACCAAAGAUAAUAACGAAAAACGAACUUGA